AACUCUCUGUUAAAACUAUAAUCGUUGUUACAUGUAAUCUCUUAACUCGGCGUGUUAAAAAAAAUAAGCAAGCUAGCUCGUUCAGACGCAUAGCACACACGUAUCUAGGCAGAAUACGGCACAAGUCACUAGAGGAAUAGGUUGACACUUUAAAUUUAGAUCCUCUUACAAAUAGGUUCGAGUAGGUUGUAGUUUCUAUAAAACAUACCUUGGAUUGUUCUAUUUAUGGUAAAAUGGAGAAAAAACAAAAGGACAGGAAGAAAAAAUUGAUUCAGUCAUUUAUUAAAUUGGUCUCAAACCCAAAUUGUUUACGAGCCAUGUUCUUUGUCUAUCGGGCUGCCACAUCAUGGCGCAAACUUCCCGGGUCUUAUCAAAUGCGCAAAACGUUUAAGUCCUCAUCCAGCAGAACUUCAGAGGACUCGGAGAAGACAACAAAUCAACAACGCAACAAUCUACUUCAAGAAAACUUAAAGUUUUCGACCAGGUCAGAAUUCUUGCGCACCAGUCAACUGCUCUUUGGCUUUUUGCGUGUCCAGGAACCUGCAAACAAAAAGCGAAUGGUUUGUUACCAAGACAAGAGUUUUGUACAACCAGAGGGUUAUGGUUUGAGUCUUGAAGAUUUAAACACAUUACCUUCUCAGCAUUUGUCUGGCGUACCUGUUGACUUACUUACAGUUGUAAGAUAUCAACAGGCUAUAGAUGGCAGCAGUGUUGACCCUCAAGUUUACUCUGAGACAGUUCAACCAGAACUCCACAGCAGUCAUUCAGGAACACAUACUGUGGUGGACAAUUUGCCAGAAGUUGAAACUUCACAAUUAUCGUCUGCUAACUUAACUAAUCAGUCUGUUGGCGGUUCGUCUUUAGGCAUCGGACACAGACGUGUUGUACUUCAACCUGAGACUGACACAUACGCCAUGGGGAAUGAAAAUAAUAUUACGCCACCUUCUGCCGAUAUCAACAGGUCAUUGGGAGCCAUACAGUGUCGGGUGCUGUGUAGUUUUAAAUAUUCACUUUACCAACGAAGACUAAACACCUUCAGAGGUAUGGAGGAAACAUUUCCAGCUGCUGAUUACUUGGCAAGAGCAGGGUUUUAUUACGCUGGCAUUGGUGACGCUGUUAUUUGCUUCUGUUGUGGCGGAGGAUUACGUUCUAUAGCACGAGAUUCUGAUUUCUGCUACCUGCAUGCUAAAUACUAUCCAGGCUGCGCUUACAUCAAUUUACUUUUAGGAGCUUCCUUAAUGGAAUUCAUACAAAGAAAUCAAGCAAUGGACGAAUCUAGCUUCAAUCCGAGCUCAAUUGGUGCACCUAUUUACAACCAUGUAGAGGAAGAUGUCAACCUCAUUGCACUUAGACUCAGGUGCAGAAAUUGUCAGACCAGGCGCACUUCCCUGCUGUUUCUUCCAUGCGGUCAUUUACGUUUCUGCCUGCAGUGCGGGAUCAGGGUGCUAAUAUGUUAUGUAUGUAAAAGUCGAGUCUCACACUUUGUAAGUGUGUUGAGCAGUAGGUGACCUGCUGAGUUAGGUUUCGGACAUUGGUCAGUGUCAUAUUUGGACAUUGGUCAGUGUCAUAUUUGGACAUUGGUCAGUGUCAUAUUUGGACAUUGGUCAGUGUCAUAUUUGGAAAUUGGUCAGUGUCAUAUUUGGACAUUGGUCAGUGUCAAAUUUGGACAUUGGUCAGUGUCAUAUUUGGACAUUGGUCAGUGUCAAAUUUGGACAUUGGUCAGUGUCAUAUUUGGACAUUGGUCAGUGUCAUAUUUGGACAUUGGUUAGUGUCAUAUUUGGACAUUGGUAAGUGUCAUAUUUGGACAUUGGUCAGUGUUAUGUAUGUUAUUAAUUCCCACUCCACCAGUAAACGGACGUCAAAGUAUUCACACAUGUGACUUUUUGCAAGAAAAUUUAACCCAUUGUUUUCUAAUUUCCUAUUGUGUGAAACAUUUUUAGAUAUUAUCAAAUUUUGCAUUUACUUAAAUUAUCUUAUCAGAGAGUUCACAGAUACAGAAGCGUGCAAUAUUUUACAGAUUUUUAACAAAUUAAUUGUUCUUUUUUCUUACAAAUUCUGCAUUUUAAAAUAAGGAUGCAGUUAAUUCAUUGAUACUCCCAUAAGAGACUAAAAUGAUACCAUUUAGAAAAAAAAUAUUUCAGAACAGAAAAAUAGGUUGUUAUGUACAAACAGCUUCUCAAUGUGUACAAACAACUUCUCAUUUUGUUCAAACAAAUUGAGAAUGUGUACCAACAACCGUGAGACAUAGCUUCGUGUUUGAUGAUUACGUUUUACGCGUAUCCCAAGUGCUUUCGGAUUGCCUGAAUCAGCCAGGAAAACAUAUCACUUAUUAGACGAAUUAGUGCCUAUGGUACCAAACACAAAUCAACACUAUAACAUGUAUUUAAUGUGCUAUGUACAUCUUGUCGAAACUCAACGUAUUUUAAACAUAGACAUUUCAAAGUACUUCUGCAGCAUGUGCGAAUAGUCAUGUAUACUUAUAAGUAAACCGUAAGGAGUUUACUUAAUAAAAUUGUAUACCAGUUCUCUAUUUUUUUCCUGGUAAGGGCAGCGAUAUAGCUGGGGUGUGGGGAGGAAAGGGGGGGGGAGAAUUUGAAAAUCCCCCAAGGCUGGGAGCCCAGAUGAGUGCCCUUUACAUUAAAAAUUUAAAUAUUACGCGAAAUGCAGUAGCCCCUAAAUAGGUCAAACUCCCUGGGCCCCCAAACGAUUUGCCUGCAUCCUGAUACCCACCAGAAGUGCUACAUUUUCUUUGAGGCUUCACACUAGCUCAAUGUCAAUCAUAGACAUCACAAUCAAAUCUUUUUAAUCAUAUUCAUAAUAGUCAAUUUUUUUUUCGAAUAUUUAAAAAGUCUAAGAUCUCUUGUCAUGUGACCCCCUUCUAUGGUACCUAAAACAAAUUAUGUUUUUUCUCACUCCACUGUGAUUAUCCCCCUUUCCCUCAUUAUCACUGGUCCAGUAUAGUGCCCUAUAGACCGCAAGGUCUGAAAGGGGAACUUUAACUUUUGACUCGUCCAGUUACCUAUCUCUCUCCUUGCGUGAAUUAUCUUUUUCCACGUCUACUGCUUAAGAGUAAAUCCUGAGUCAGCCCUGGUAUGGCUACACCCCUACCCGGUGUAAAACGGUGUGUCUAAGAAGACCCGACCCACGCCUGAUAGCGUUUAAUACUGCCAUCUAUCAAUCUCACAACUUUCGGGUGACUUAAGUCACAUUCCAGUUGGACUAAGUCACUUCAGAUCCAUACAGCACUGAUUCCUGAAUCUUACGAAUCAUUUUGGGUUUGUCUUUAAUAAAGACUGUAUGUACAAUGACCAACCGCCCCUAUUUUUCCCCAACUAAUUUCAGAUACCUAUUUGAGUUGGGUGGACAGAUGACCUUUACAUCAUCUGUCGUAUAGAUCUCAUGGUCUUGAAGGGUUACUUUAAUUUUUUUUUUACUAUUGAACAACAUUAAAUCAACAAUUCUACACUCACGGGAAUUGCAUAUGGAACCUCCAUCUUUCUCACCUUUGCCGUUUUUAUUUAAAUGUAAAUUACACGAUUUAAAUGAGAUUCUUGACAAAAUGUUUUAAUAAUAAUAAUAAUCUUUAUUAUUCGUGAGGGAAUUUGUUUUACAAUUGUGCAUUACAAAAAACAUGAUUAGGGCAAACAUUUGUACAAUAAUACACAAGAUAUACCUUCAUACCAAGUUUAAAGGGAGACUAUCUUAUCCCUAAAUUUAAGGGCGACAACUCGUGAAUUUUUUUUUUGUUUUAAGAAUGGAAGGAUUUAUUUUGGUCUAUACUUUUGUGCGUUAUUUAUUUACAUGUAACAUUUGUUUUAAAUUGUAUAUUUAUUGUACUAAUCAGAUAGUAUGUUAUUUAUACAUGUCUCUCAUUAUUUGUUACUAUUUUGAUAUUUCAAUGACUCUAGGCCCACAUUGUAAGGCGCCAUGAGUUCGUGUCUAAAUUUGUUUUGAGAGUGCAUUGCAUUAAAUUGGUCACAAACACAUUCAGUACAUACUGUUUAAAAUAAGUCUUCACGUAUUAGGAACACCAAAUUACACAAGACUUCAUCGAUAGCGUCGCUAAUGUUGGUUUCACCCGAUGCGGAUAAUAUGCCCCCCCCCCCCC